ACGCGACGUGUUGAGCCAGAGGUAUCACGAGGACCUUCAUGGGUGCUGUGGCAAGCAUUCCCUGCGAGCGACCGCAUCAUUCGUGGAUCAUCCUGCACUUCCACACCAGCAUCUCAUCAUCACCUUGGUCUGUUCCUUAUUCGUUUGAUGGGGCCUUCGGUAGAGCAUGACUCAGGAACGGGGGCGGGCUCGUUAAAUUUGUCUGGAAUAAGGCCCGGCCGGGCCUCGCCCGUUUACAGAGUAUUCCAAAUCCCGGAGCUAGCAGACAGUAUCGCGCAAUAUCUCCUGCCGAUCUACAUCAGUCAACUUCGCUUGGUAUCGAGGACUUUUUACAGGACUUUCAUACCUUAUCUGCGUCUGCAUUUUCACCGCAACUCUACGGCGUCAUGGACAGCAUUUCCAGUGCUCUUGGAUAGUAACCACGACAAUAAUCCGGUGAUAUCCAGCAAUGGUUCCGGGACAGGGGUAGGCACAGAAGCAGAGAAAGAGAUAGAGCCAGAGACAGGAAAGGACGAAGCAGGAGCACGAGAGAAAAGGAUGCUGCUGACAAACCAACUCCGAUUCGCCCAGAGUUACGGGAGCAUUGUUCACACCAUCACCGCAGACUCAAUGGAUAACUUUGACACGUUGUUGCCCAUUCUGCGAAAGUGUCCAAACCUCCAUACACUGUCUGUCACUCGCUGGAACAGAGACCUCAAGGUCUUUCGUGAUCUACUGUCAAUACUUCCGAGGCUUCAGGUGUUAAAUGUUUCUUUCUACAACACUGUGGACCUCAAUGUCUUUCUUGCGAGUUUCACAAGUGCUACGAGUGGUGCAUCGGGUGAAGGCAAGCACUAUCAAACCACAACAGCUUCGACAACAACGGUAACAUCAUCGUCAACAACCUCAAGAGCUGCGGGACAAAUAUCGGGUCAUGGUGGCCAUGCUUCGUUGCGGUCAUUGGACAUCAAGCACCGAGUCCCCGAUACGAACUGUAUCCGAUGGAAGGUGUUCAAAUCGGCGCUCGACAGACUUCCUUCAUUGCAACACCUUUCACUCACUGGGAUAGGGUUUCGGGCAGGCAAGGAGGGGGAUGUCACAACGUUCGAUGCCGGUCAAGACCUAAGCACUGUUCCUACCAACACGACGUUUUCAACUAUAUCCGUCAGCAAUGGAAGUGCGAAUACGAGUGCCCAUAACAAUCAGCAGGCUCCGAAUGAACAGGACGACGAAGACGACGAAGACGAAGAUGAUGACGAAGAUGAAGACGAUGACGAGCCACGGUCGUUUGAGCGGAUCGACGAUGCCUCGAGUCGGAAGUACCCUCAUCUUCGGUCGCUCGCACUCUCGUUCUGCGAGUGCCCCGUGUUGGUCAUGUUGGAUCUAGAUCAUAUCUUUCCGAAACUGACCUCGCUCGAGAUGAACAAAUGCAGGAACACUUGGCUCCAGGUCUUUGAACCGGACCCUCUGAAUCCAACUUCGCAUUUGGGCAUGUCUUCCUCGCUCGCCUCGUCAUCCACAUCUCUCAGUUCAACCGCAGCUGGUGUUACAGCCAUUGUACCUACACCUACCCUCACCCACUCUGCAACAGCAACAACUACGAUAACCACCAUCUCCGACAGAGAUCACCGAGUACCCUUUCCAGACCUGGUGCAUAUUAAAUUGGUGGAUCGAUAUGAAGGGAACGAAGAUCUGAUUUACGAGAUUGUCAAGAAUCGCCCUGGGUUACUGUCUUUGGAGACACAUCAGAUUUCGCAAAAUAUCGAGACGUUAUUACCGAUGGCGAACCAAUGCGUGAGCGAGGGUCGGUUUAUGAACAGGUUCGCACUCUCACCCUGCUGGAUCAAUUCUCAAUCGCGACGAGAUUUCGAGCGCCUGUUCGAGGCACCGUUCUUGGCGCGUGUGAACCAUCUUUACAUCCAACAGGAGAUCACAGAAAAGAUGCUCUUUGUAUCUGCGUUGACAAGUCUGCACAUCGGAGCCGGAUUUGCAAGAGAGUCUGUGAUCGAGUACGACAGUUUGCCCGUGUGGAAUGGGAUCUUACGUCUUCUGCCUCGUCUUGAAAUUCUGAGGAUCGACCGCUACAUCAAAGACUAUCAGCUCUUUCAUGGACUAGGAAGAUGUCCUUCUGUUGAAAGUACCGUAGCCAGCUGUGAUAGUGAUACGUCGUCUUCCAAGACGCCCGUCGACAAAACAUUCAAGAGCACUGAUGAUCCAGGCAGGGUGUCUACGAUUGAGGACUGGUCGCGAGAACGCCCCUUCCUACAUGAACUCCAAAUCACCUUUCGGGCGGCAUGCAUCAUCCACACUGCAGACAUCUAUCACGAGCUCGUAGAGCGAUUCCGGUUCCUGGAACGGCUUUACUUUUCUUGCUCCAAGAAGCCAGAUAAUUUAGACGACUGCAAGGCUACGUGGAGACCAGGUAUAGUCGUAGAGCAUCGUCGAUAUGAAACGAAAUAGUACCACACAAUAUCAUACUCAUCAUUUCAAAAAAUAAAAAAGAUAACAUCAAUUCCUGU